CUUCGUUGCUAUUCAAGUAUAGAAGGUGUUACUAUGAAUACAACGACUAGUACGAUGUCAUCAUUUUGCGAAUCUAUCGCUUAUAAAAAAAUUAUACCAUGGAUAACUAUUGGGUUGGGAUUAUUUUACACAGCCAUUCUCCUAUUUCAAUAUUGUACUUGGUGUUUCCGUCAACGUCGAGCGAAAAAGCGACGUAUAGAUCGACAAAGGGUAGGAGAAUUUUGGAGAAAGCAAGCUAUUGAAAUUUAUACACAAAUGGAUUCUAUUCAAACACUUUCACCCAUUUACAAUAAUCGACAGGGACAUCAUCAUUAUCAACAAUAUUAUGAUGGCUUGCAAUCAUUUGGUUCCUCAGCGACUCUUGUUGUUCUAUCCUCCGGUAGUCAUGCUUAUACAUCAGAGGAAUCUACCACAGUCUUACAAGAUAAAAAGGAAUCUAUCUUUCUAUAUUCUUUAACAGAUAAUCAUAAAGAACAAACUAAUAAUAAAAGGAAAAAGUCAAUUUAUAAAAAGUUUUUCAAGCUAGUGAUGAAAAGAUUGAAUGAUCGAUAUUAUCAACAAAGGAAAAGAAGAUAUCUAAUAUGGCAAUGGAGUGUCUCUAUGGGUUAUUGUAAAUAUCAUCAUGCUUAUUAUUUGAAUACGAUGAUUGACAGAUUAUUAGAAGAGAGAAAACAUGAUAACCCAACAUGAAAAAGAGAAGAGAAGCCUUUUAUAUGUAUUUAUAUACAAGUAUAUAUAAAUAUGUAUGUAUACAUGUAUUUAUAAUUUUCAACUUGUGCAUAAAACAACAACUCCUUUUAUUUAAACGUAUACACAUAUACAUAUAUACAUAUCUAUAUACAUGUAUACACAUAUACAU